AUGGACUCCUCGAGCGACACUACCACGGAGCAGCUCUCGAGCCGCAUCGACAGCCUCCGAGGAUCCAUCUGGACCAACCUGACCGCCACGACUCGGCAUCAGCACAUUGCUGAGAUGGAUGAGGCAUGGGGUGGCCGAGGAUGGGUCCCUCCCUGGCCACGCCCGGACGGCUCUUACUGCACGGUUGAGAACCUGCCCUCGACCGACAUCCUCGACUUGGCCAGCAUCACUCGGUUCUGUACUCAGCACAAUGCCCGCCUCUCGUCACUUUGGGAAGUCAACGGUAUCUUGGGCCAGAUGGCGGAGUGUGCAUCCCCCGGAGCCUCCCCGACAUGGUCCCAAAAUUCAGGCGCCUCGCAACCCCGAUCAGAUUCUUCGCUGCCACUGCGUGAUGCUGGUCGCCUCCGAGGUGAUGACACCGUCUUUGUCGAUCAAGGGCCACGCAAACGCCCCAGGGUCAGUGUCUCGGACAAUAUUACGCAGGCGAGCACUGCAACCCCAGCAGAGACAGGCAGCAUCAAUGAAGCGCUCAAGGAAGUUCGGCAUUUGCAGCAGACACUCCAGAGUUUCAUGGACACGCUGCGCCGCAACUUAGAGAGAAUCCCAUUGGAGGGGUACUUUGUCAUGAAAUCUGAAUUUGAAAGAAUACAGAAUGACGCUGAAGAGGCACAAGCUGAGUGUGCCAAUGCUGACGCCGAGGUAAAGAGCUGUGAGGACGCAUACCGGUCCCUGCAGCCAGGCAGCAAUGCCACCACUAGCCGAUACAAUAUUCUCAAGGAAUGGCUCGAGCCCAUCCUCUUGGUCAAUCAACUCCCAAAUCGGGCACACGGGGGAGCAGCUUCGUCUACUGCCCCUCAUGACCUAAAGCUGCAGGAUGCGAUGGAGGACGUGUCCACGGAAGUACGUCAGACGUUGGAGAACUACUACGGAGCCAUGUCGGGUGAGGAUACUUUGCAAUACCUAAGACGGGUGCUCGAGCAGUCCAGGCGGCUAGGACGAGGCAACAAGAGGCACGGCUCGCAUUGA